AUGGCGGCCGCUUGGCAACGUCGCUGGACCUGGACCGGCGUCUGGCAGGUAGCGCUGCUGGCGACGCUCGCGACGCGGGCGAUCGGCCGGCUGAUCCCCGCCGGCGCCGUGGUGGAGAUUCUGAGCGGCCAGGCGGUGAUCUGGUUCGCCGGCGCAUGGCUGGCGGUGCGCAACCGCGGUGUGUCGCCCCGAGUGUGGCACGCGCUCUGCGUUUCGCUCAUCGUCCAGAAUGCUCUGAUCGCGGCAUUCGGUCUGCAGGGCACGGUGCCCGCCUUGGCUCUUUCGUCGUUGACGCUGACCGUGUCGGCGACCGCGGGGCCGAUUCGUUUGUUGGCAUCCGAUGCCAUCGCCGCACGUCCGCGGGUGCGCGUCGUCAUCGUGGCGAUGGCCGCUCUGGCCGUUUCGGGCGGCUGUACGAGCGCUGGACCGCCGAGCUCGGUCUGCCACGCAUCACGGCCCGGGCUCUGGUGUGAGCUGGCGCUGCUGUUGGCCGCGGUGGUGGCGAAUCAGCUCUAUACGGGCCCGUUUCGCCCUCGGCAUCUGGAUGCAGCACGCGACGAGCUGGCGGACACGGAGGAGACCUUGCAGAUGCAGAGCCGGCUCGUGUCGGUCGGGCAACUGGCGACGGGAGCCGUGCACGGGGUCAAGAACGCGCUGUCAGCGAUCGGCCUGGCGGCCGACUGGGGGACUGCGGCGGGCUCGGACGGCGAUGCGCAGCGCAGCCUGCAGCUCAUCCGCCGCAACGUCCGCGCCGCGCACCAGGAUCUGGAGCGGCUGCUGCGCGAGAUCAAGGAGGACGACGCCCGCGACGCCGAUGUGACCGAGGUGGUACAGGCGGUCGCCGAAUCCAUGCGCAUCUCCGUGCGUCCCUUGCGGGCGACCGUUCAGGUCGAACUGCAGCCGGGGCUCAACGCCGCAAUCGGACCGAGCGACCUGACCAUCGCCGUCUCCAAUCUGGUCGAGAAUGCUGCGCGCGCCGGCCGCGGCGCUCCCUCCACCACGAUCCGCAUCGCCUCGCGGCGCGGACCAGCCGGGACCGUGAUCGUCGACGUGAUCGAUGACGCCGGGGGGAUGGACGACAAGACGGCGGCGGCUGCCUUCGACCUGGGCACCUCCGGAGACGAGAGCACCGGCGUGGGCUUGCACCUCAGCCGCAAGCUCAUCGAGCGCGCCAGCGGCGAGCUGACCUGGCAUCCCGUGGAGGGCGGGUCGCGCUUCACGAUCGAGCUUCCGGAGGCAUAG